AGAAGCAUUUUCCCGUGACCCGUCCGAGGCGACGUUCGCGUUGAAGAAGAAAUUAAGUUUCUGCCUCACUAGACAAAGAAAGUGCGAUCGGGCACGCGUUCCGAAUGUUGUAUCGCGACGUGGUUAGUGCGAAUGUGAAAUGAGUGUAAUUAUCAUCCGUUCCGGAUCGAAAUUGCCCUCCAGUUGAGAUGUAUAAAAAAUGAAUGAAGGCGAUACAGCGGGAGGGCAACGUGGUCGAAACCAGGCCCUUCCUGCUGGGACUGAUCGUAGAGUACCAAACGUUAACAACGCGGUCCAGUUACCAACUGGCACACAAGGACCGGUUACACCAAUGUCGCGUGCGUUUAAUGAGAAUCAGCAACAGGAACAGCAACCACAACAGCCUCAGCAACCAGCAAGCUCACUGCAUCCCCCGCGGCAGCACCACGAGAGUCAGCAAAUGCAGUCUGCUGGAACACCGACCUCCUCUUCAGUGUCGGCCACCACAUCCAGCAAAAGUACUCCACCGCAACAGGAUCAGCAGUCGUUUUUGUCUACCGCAGGAAACGGCAGUAGCAGUAACGUCGGCAGCAGCAGCAGCAAUAAUAGCAAUGUAAAUAACGCAACGAAUGUAACUGGUGUUCAGCAAUCUUCGUCAUUGUCGUCGUUAGGGGCAACGCAGCAGCAGCAGCAGCAGCAGCAGGGUAUAAGUGUAAGAGGCUCCAGCGGAAGCCGAACAACGCCCGUCACCAGUACGGCUAGUGACGCGUAUAAUGCAAGCUUUUGUAGUGCGGGGGCCGACGAACGAACAGGAAGUAGUGCAGCAAGUAGUGCGAGCGGUACCGGUAGAGGCGACUCCGGAACCGACGGUACAGUGCUUACAGUGUGUGUAUCGGAUACGAGUGUGGAACCUGCUGGAAGGGGUGCAUCAGGGUCAGCAGUAAGUUUGUCCGGCAGUGGUACGACAACGACAGUCAGUGGAAGUGGUGCGUCCAGCUCGAGCUCGGUAGUUCUCGGGAACGUAACGUUAGUGUCAACAAACUCUAUACCAACUUCUUCGGUUGCGGUGGCUGGUGGAGCUUUGGUUGCUCCCACUGUUGCUGUUGCUGGUGGAGGGCAAUCGACCGCUAUUGCUUCGUUUGUUGCUACUGCUACUGUUGCGACGGCAUCUUCUGCUUCGCUUGCGGUCAACACUGCUAUCUCACACAAGAGUUCCUCGCCGUCUCCCACAGCGUCGCGGAAACGUGUUAAGCUAGAGUCCGCUGCAGAUGUAGACAAUGAUUUUGCUGCACUAAAGAAAUUGAUUCUGGAGCACAAGUACAUGAGAUUAAGAAAUAUCAAAGAAGGGUACUCUGAACAUGUAGCAGAACUGUUUUUUCUUCAAACCGGUGGAAGUAUGAUGGAAUAUCCCACAUGGAGAAAAAAGCCACAUACACCUGCGUUUACCAACUUCAUUCGUUCGUACAAGCUGGAACCUUUGUCUACCAACUUGGAAGAGGCGGGAGAAGCCCUGAAACAGCAAUCUACACGAGCGAUCAGAGCCAGUGAUCACCCGGUUAGCGCGGGUGCCACAAAUUUCGGAAACAGCAUUAGCUCCAGCAGCCACGUUUCAACAGUAUCGACCAACAAGGGUGGCCGGGAGAGUGCAGCAAGCUUACCACAGGGCGCGGAAAUCAAAAUACCCGGCGUCGGUGCAACUCCGGUGGCCGUCUCAACAACGCUGCCGGCUGCGGUGGCACAACUUAGCCAGCAAGGAGGAACACCGAUAAUUCCCGAUCGAUUAGGAAUCGGCGCUACAGCAGCAUCGACGACGACGACGGCGACGUCGGUCGAUAGGAAAAAAUUAUCCUCUGCCGCAGCCGGAGGGUUCGGUUCCGUGGCCAAGAGCGAGUUGGAUGCGAGCGGCAGUAGAAUAACUGGUGGAGGAACAUCUCAGGUUGUACCGACAAUUGGCUCCAAUGGGCCGUCUACCGUAGGCAGCAACAGUAGUUUGCGGGGUGGAGUUGGUCAGUCCGGUGGUUCGACAUCGCGAGUUUAUGCGGGCUCGUUAAACUCCGUCCCGCAGCAGAAUGGAACGCUGGGGAACGGUAACGAAAGCAGCGGGCAAGGACAGCUGGCGGCAGCCAGCAGCAGCGUCACCGCACAAUCGGCGCCUAACACCAACGGACCGGACCAGUACACCAACAAGGCGCGGCAGGAGGUGUUUGUCAUGCAGCGAGUGCAGGAACUGCAGAAGGAGGGUCUAUGGACGGAGAAGCGCCUGCCAAAGGUGCAAGAACCGGCCCGCCCGAAGGCGCACUGGGACUACCUGCUGGAGGAGAUGGUCUGGCUAGCGGCCGACUUUGCCCAGGAGCGCAAGUGGAAGAAAGCGUGUGCGAGGAAGUGUGCGCGCAUGGUGCAAAAACACUUCCAAGAUAAGGCGCUCGCCGCGCAGCGGGCCGAGAAGGCGCAGGAGCUGCAGCUGAAACGCAUAGCCGCGUUCGUGGCCAAGGAGAUCAAGACGUUCUGGUCGAACGCGGAGAAGCUGGUGGAGUAUAAGCAGCAGACGAAGCUGGACGAGAAGCGCAAGAAGGCACUGGAUCAGCAGCUCAGCUUCAUCGUCGAUCAGACGGAGAAGUACUCGCAACAGUUGGUCGAAGGCAUGAACAAAGUGACCGUUCCAUCUGCCGCCGCUUCCGGUGGUGGUGUUUCUGGAACGGCCAGUGCCGCCGGGCCUUCGGGAAGUAAGGCGGAAAGUUUAAACUCGUCGCGCAUCUCCUCGCCGCACCGGGGUUUGGCGGGUGGCUCGGACGAAGAGUUCUGCCCCGAGGCGGAAAGUUCCGGCGACGACGAAGAAACGAUCGCAAAAGCCGAAGCCGAAGCGGAGGAAGGAACCAAAGAUGAGGUGGCCGCCUUGCAGAAAGAGUCCGAGAUGGAUUUGGAUGAUUUCCUGAAGAAUCUACCGAAGGACUACUUGGAAAAUCGUGACAAAAUCGUCCUGUCCGAACCGGAUGAUGAUGAGGAGGAGGAGGAUGGUGGUGGUAAAAGUGGUUCGAAUGAGGAGGAUGGUGAUAAAGACUUUAGUGCCGACGAGGACAGCAUGGACGACGAGGAUACGAUCAAGGAGCAGGAAAGGAAGGAGAAGCAUCAGGAUCAUAAGAAAGAAAUCGAUGAACUCAAUGCGGACAACGAGAUGAGCAUAGAGGAGCUGAUGGCAAAAUAUAACAAGCCACCACCACCGUCGGGAAACAAAAUGGAUCUGGAUUCUGAUGAUGACGAUGAUGAUGAGGAGGAGGAGGAGGUAGCCUCGCAUAUUGACCGGAAGCGUCGAAAAACGCGGAAACAAUCUAUUGCGGUGGAGUCUCCAUCAGCGUCGGAGGAAGAUGUCGAAGAUAAUAGCGAGGGACUCACUGGUUCAGACGACGAGCUGCCUUCGACCGACGAGGAGUUGGACGAGGAAGAGGACGACGAUGAAGCGAUGGAGACGGAGGAGGACGACGGUAUCGGUCUCAAGCAUCUGCUCGAUGACGAGACGGCUUCAUCGUCAGGUGCGACCGGAGCGACCAGUUCCGCCGCCGGCGGUAGCGGUGUAUCAUCCUCGCCGGAAAAGAGCCAAAGCGCCAAGGACGACAUGCUGAACGAUGCGGCCGCCAUCGCCGAAAGCAUCCAGCCGAAGGGCAACACGCUUUCGUCGACCAGUGUAGUGACGCCCAUUCCGAUCCUCCUGAAGCACUCCCUGCGCGAGUAUCAGCACAUCGGUCUCGACUGGCUGGUGACGAUGCACGACCGAAAGCUGAACGGAAUCCUGGCGGACGAGAUGGGGCUCGGCAAGACGAUCCAAACAAUCUCGCUGCUGGCGCAUCUGGCCUGCGUCAAGGGCAACUGGGGCCCGCACCUGAUCAUCGUACCGUCGUCGGUGAUGCUGAACUGGGAGAUGGAGUUCAAGAAGUGGUGCCCGGGGUUCAAAAUACUCACCUACUACGGCACGCCGAAGGAGCGCAAGCUGAAGCGCACCGGUUGGACGAAGGUGAACGCAUUCCAUGUGUGCAUCACGUCGUACAAGCUGGUGAUCCAGGACCACCAGAGCUUUCGGCGGAAGAAGUGGAACUACCUGAUCCUGGACGAGGCGCAGAACAUUAAAAACUUCCGGUCCCAGCGCUGGCAGCUACUGCUAAACUUCCAAACGGAACAACGCUUGCUGCUCACCGGCACACCGUUGCAGAACAAUCUAAUGGAACUGUGGUCGUUGAUGCACUUCCUGAUGCCGCACAUUUUCCAAUCGCACCGCGAGUUUAAGGAGUGGUUCUCAAAUCCGAUGACCGGCAUGAUUGAAGGCAACUCCGAGUACAGUGAAACGAUUAUCAAACGCCUUCACAAGGUUCUACGACCAUUCCUGCUGCGAAGGUUGAAGUCGGAGGUCGAAAAACAGAUGCCGAAAAAAUACGAGCACGUCAUAAUGUGCAGGCUUUCCAAGCGGCAGCGAUUUCUCUACGAUGACUUUAUGAGUCGAGCAAAAACGCGGGAAACGCUUGCGUCGGGAAAUUUGCUGAGCGUCAUUAACGUGCUGAUGCAGCUACGGAAGGUUUGCAACCAUCCGAACAUGUUCGAGGAGCGCCCGACGAUAUCGCCCUUCCGUAUGGACGGCAUUAGCUUCAAGACGGCCUCUCUGGUGUAUAAUAUGUUCAACUACGACCCGUUCACUCAAGUUGAUCUGUCUUCCUUAAAUUUAGUUUUAGUUCAGCUGGAGCUGGUACUGUCCGCGUACGUCGCGCAUCGAUCGCAGCGGCUCUGCAUGCCAAAGCGUUUGAUCGAGGAGAUUGACUCGACGCCGCUCCCACCGCCUCGCUGCCCGACUGGCAAGCUUCGGUUGCACGUGCGCAUACCGGACUUUCGCGUGCAGGAAUCCCUCGGUGGUCGUCGGCCCGGAGUCGGUUCGACCGGUGUGCGGAUCGGCACCAGUCCAGCCAUGAAGACUGACGGGACGAAAUUCGUCCCGCUUGUAAAUGAUGCAUCGUUGUUAGAUAAGAAAUCGUUGCCCCUCAACAGCAGACUCAUCGACGUGCGAGGGCGAACGUCAUCGUCGUCGACGACGAUGAUGAUGAUGGUGGACCCUUCCAGUACCACUGGAACGGCGGCAACAACAAGCGGUAUAGGUGGGAUAAACAGCAGCAGAAGCGCCUCGCCCGCUUUGCUCCUACGUAAACGUGAUAUUGGUGGCAGCAGCAGCAGUAUGCUCACCACCUCCUCCACCAUGAACUCACCGCAACAGCAAGCCCAGAACCGGCUCAGCACCGGGCAGGUGGUACAGAUCAUUCCCGGAGGGGUUAUCGGCUCUGGAGCGAUGGCUACGCCAUCCUACAUCAUUACUGGCCGGUUACAGUCGGCGGUGCCCGCCACCGGCUCGACCGGACUUCAGCAACGAACGCUGGCGUCGAUGAGUAACGUGGUGUCGAUGCAGCGAGCGAGUCUAGCAGGUAGUCAGUCUUUGCUCACUGCUACGGCCGGCGGCACCGGUGUUAGCAACCGUAUGGUACAGAGCGUUGGCCAGCAGACGCAAAUUUCGUCCACCUUGGCCGCCACCAUUAUGCAACAGUUGAAGAAUCAUUCCUCGUCGACGCCUCGGACGACAUCGGGUGGAGGAGGAGUUGGCACGCGAACGGCUGGCGGAGGUAGUAGAGUGAUCAACAGCACCACCAUCGAUGCAGAGGAACGGCAGCGCACCGAGUUCUAUUUAGCGCGCAUUGAAGAAUCGCGCAAGGAGCGCCGGAGCCAAGUGUUGGAGCUGCUCGGACGGAUUAACUCGAAACGGCUAGACGCGACGCCAAUCUAUGGGCAGGAUUUGCGCGAGACGCUGUGCGAGAUGAUCGAGGAAGAGUUUAGCCAACGGUCCGCCGAACUGAUCCCGCUCGGAGUGGCCAGUGCGUAUCACUUGCGUCGAGCAACGUGGCGUCGUCCGGGGGCCGUCGUCGAUGUGGCCAGCUGCAGCCUGAUGGCAGCGAUCAAAACGAUCGAGCAGCGGGCGGAGGAGCUACGCUACACUAUCUCCAAUUUUGUCAUCUUUGUACCUGCCGUGUGCGCACCGACACCGUAUCUACAGGUGUCCCAUCCGCAUCCCUCCAAGCUAAACGCCGAGCAGCAGUGGGAAAUGGCGAUGACGGAGCAGAUCCGCCCCGCUAUCGGUCUACUGCAUCCGAUCAUAUCCGCCAUGAGCACACAGUUCCCGGACCCCCGGCUGAUACAGUACGAUUGUGGAAAGCUACAAACGCUGGAUCGGCUCCUGAAGAAGCUGAAAUCGGAGGGCCACCGGGUGCUGAUCUUCACCCAGAUGACGCGCAUGUUGGAUGUGCUGGAGGCGUUCCUGAACUACCACGGCCACAUCUACCUGCGGCUCGACGGCACGACCAAGGUGGAGCAGCGGCAGGUGUUGAUGGAAAGGUUCAACAACGACCGGCGCAUGUUCGCCUUCAUCCUGUCGACGCGCUCCGGUGGCGUCGGUGUUAACCUUACCGGUGCCGAUACUGUGAUAUUUUACGACUCCGACUGGAACCCGACGAUGGAUGCGCAGGCGCAGGACCGGUGCCACCGGAUCGGGCAGACGCGCGACGUUCACAUCUACCGGCUGGUGAGCGAGAAGACGAUCGAGGAGAACAUCCUGAAGAAGGCGAACCAGAAGCGCAUCCUCGGCGAUCUGGCCAUCGAGGGUGGCAACUUCACGACGGCGUACUUCAAGAGCUCCACCACCAUUCAGGAUCUGUUCACGGUCGAUGCCGUCGAGGAGAACGCUUCGGCUCGGUUGGCCGAAGUGCUCGAGCGCGAUCGGGAGCGUAAGGAUCGGUUGAAUGCGAAUCUCUCAGCGACGGCCGCGGCCGCUAGUUCCUCCUCCUCCUCCUCGGCAGUGGCGGUGGUCGACGCGGAAAGCAGCAAAUCGGCGAUCAAUGUUUUCGAGUCGGCGCUGGCGGCCGCGGAAGAUGAUCAGGAUGUCCAGGCGGCUAAGUUCGCCAAAGCCGAAGCGUCCGCCGGAUUCGACGAUUUGGACGAGAUCGACGAGAACAACAGUCCGCUGGCCGAUGAGGAGAAAGCGGCGGCGUCGGUUUCGGGCGCUGGCACCGAAGUGGUCACCGUUAGUAAACAGCCAGAGCUCAGCAAAGCCGAGAAGGAAGUACAGAAUUUAAUUAAACAGUUGAGUCCUAUCGAACGAUACGCGAUGCGUUUUGUCGAGGACACCGAAGGUACCUGGACUGCGGUGCAGUUGAAAGCGGUCGAGCAGGAGAUCGAGCAGCAGAAACGCGACUGGGAGGCGAACCGCUUGGCCGAGCAGCGAAGGAACGAGGAAGCGGCACGGCAGCGCGAAGCGGAAGAGCACGCUGAUCUGCUCACCUUCUCCCGGGAGGAUGCCAAAAAUCAGAUAUGGAUAUCGGAUAGUACGAUGGAAAGGAUGCCGAUGUGGUGUCCCCCUACACCACCGCAGGAUGAUAACGAUCUGUACGUGGAUCAUUCGCUGACGUUCUUGUACGACACGUCGGACAUCAUUCCGGAAUCAGAUUUACCCCCGGUGUACGUGAAAAAGGACCACAAGCGCAGCCGGUCGGAAGCAGGCUUCUGCCCGGAAGGGCGCCGUCCGCCGAAGAUUCGUCGCGAGGACACCUAUUACGCGCCGCGUUCCCUGUUCGAUCGGCCCACGCCUCAGAUUGCCAAGCUGCGCAAGGAGUACAAGCUGCAGCGGUACAAGGGCAUCAUCAAGCCGUUCCCGCCCAUGCUGGCGAUGAAACCGAACACCGUCCCCAUGAAGCCGCCGGUCGAACCGGAGGGACUGCCAGAGUGGACGGUGUACGAGGACAUGGCGAUACUGAACGUGGUGCAGAAUCUGCAGGGUUUGCCGCUGAAUUUGAUGGUUAUUUCGCCGGGCCAUACGCCCAACUGGGACCUGGUGGCGGACAUCGUAAAUCAGACGUCGCGCACGCAUCGGCUUCCGAAGCAGUGUCGCUAUCGGUACGAGAGCGUCAUCAUGCCCCGUGAGGAGGGCAAGUUGCUCGAAAGUCCGAAGAAGCAGAAGAAGAAUAAAAACCCGCUGAAGCAGGGCACCAACGGCGGUGGUGGUGUUGCGUCAUCCGCUGGUGGUGCAGCAGGUGGUGGUAGUGGAGGAGGGUCUACCUCGCCGACACCUUCAGCAUCGGCCCGUGCAUCCCCACCGAAGCAGAUACGGUCGAUGCGCACCGGCCAGCUGUACACGAGCGAUGCGAACAGCUCGUUCAUCAAGCUGAUGCGCCAGAAGUUUGACAACAUUAAGACGGCGUUCGCGGCGAAAAAGCCGACGCCGGUGAAACCAUCGCUCUCGAGCGCGUUACCUACGGUGCCGAAGAAUCCGAAGCAUGCACUGGUGCUGGCACAGAACGGCAUCACGAACUACGACAGCCCGUUGACGCCGGUUGAAAUUGCAACCCGGCGAGCAGAGCGCAUUUUGAAGGAGAAGCACAAGCAAACGCUCGCCCAAGAGCAACAACAACAGCAAGCUCAGCAGCAGCAGCAGCAAGCUCAGCAGCAACAGCAGGCUCAACAGCAGCAGCAGGCUCAGCAGCAGCAACAACAGCAAUCAGCAGGUUCUCAGCAGGUUGUACAAGUGGUUCAAACCGCAACUGUACCGCAAACAACGACGGCUGUCGUGGCGACCAUCCAGCAGCAGCAACAGCAGCAACAAGCACAGUCUCAGCUAGCCACGGCAACCGUAGUAGGCGUGCAACCGAUUUCGACAACGACUCAGCAGGCGACGCCACAGACACAUGUGCAAACAGCAGUCGUCCAACAGCAGGUUGUGCAGCAGCAGCCUUCCACGGCAACCAUGCAAGCAGUCACAGUAGCCCAGCAGCAACAACAGCAAUCGCAGCAUUUGCUACAGCAGCAACUGCAAAUUCAGGCACAUUCUCUGUCCCAGCAAGUGGCCUCAGCGCAACAACAGCAGCAACAACAGAUAACAUCUGCCGGUGGGGCUGGAGGAGGAGUACCGCAGGCUACGAUUGUUGUGUGCAGCGUGCCGACGAAUGCCACCUCCACCGUGGCAACGAUUGUGCAAGCAUCGACACUGCAAGCUGCUGCGGCUCGCACCGGUGGCUCGGUGGUGAGCAUUUGUCCCAGCCCGAACCAAUCACAAAGUCAGCAGCACAUCGUGAAGGCGAUAGUGGCCAGUUCGGCUAGCCAGAACUUGCUUUCCCAGCAGUUGGCGCAAGUAGCAGCUGCACAGCAGCAGCAAAACAGCAAUCUCCAGCAGCAGCAGCAGCAGCAACAAGGUGGCCAGCAACAGGUUUCGGUGGUACUCACGACGCCGGUCACUACGAUGUCCGGCGUAAGCACGGUGCAGCUCUCCUCGCAGCCUCAAAUCGUGUCGAUCCAUCAGCCGGUUUCCUCGCAGCAGCAACAGAUCGCGCUGCAAACCAGUAGCACUGCGAGCGCCGUGACGCAAGCCUCGAUCGUGCAGACGCUCGCAAGUCAGUCGAUGCCGCAGGUCGUAUCGGUCGCGCAACUAGCCUCCAGUGCAACCACGAUCCAGCCAACGCAGGUAGCCACUUUAACCACCUCGGCGCUGCGGGCCCAACGCAUUGUCGCACCGCCCGGAACGUUGCACGAGGUGGUUCUGCAGCGCUCCGGCUCGCAGAGCCCAACCGUGGUCAGCCUCGGUGGUGGACUAACGCAGGCACAGCUACAAACCGCCCAGCUGCGCCUUUCGAUGGCCGGCGCCCAGCAGGUGUCCGGCGUGGUGGCCAAAUCCAUCUCCGUCGGUACGGUGACGACGGCCGGGAAGCCGAUCAACACGCCGCAGAUACAGUUCUACCGCCAGCAACCGAUUCGCCAGCAGCUCAAGGUGCUACACCCGGGUACGGCCACGCAGGUCGGAGGGGGGACGCUGCAAUCGGGUGGGCCCGGUCAGCCGACCAUCGUCAGCCCGGCGAUCAUUCAGGGCAACAUCAUCCAGACGGGAGGCACGGUCGGUCAGACGGUGGCAACUGCGGGCGGCCAGAAGGUGCUACCCGGCGUGGUUAGUUCGGCCCAGGUGACGCAGGUCGUUUCGGCCGCGGUGAAUGUUUCUUCCGGCACGCAGCAGCAGGUGGUGACGCAGACACCGACCGUCGCGAGCGUGGCAACGGUGCAGGUGGCUCAAGGUCAGCCGCGCAUGCAAUACAUCAAGCAGCUCGGCCCCACCAAGCACAUGAUCACGCGGCCCGUGACCGAGAACGAAAUGCAGCUGAUGGUGAAACGGCAAAUCCUGAGCCAGCAGCAACAGCAACAACAGCAGCAGCAACUCGGCAAACAGCAGCUCAUUCCACAGACGCAAAUCUUCGCCCCGGCCAGCCUGCAGGUUCAGCAGGCGACCGCGGCCGGUACUUCCACCGGCCAGCAGAUCGCCACGCUCGUCAAAACGUCCAGCGGAACGGCGGUGGCCGCAACCGGCAUGACACUGUCGCAUGUGAAACCAGGCCAGCUGAAGACGAUCAGCAGCCAGCAGCAGGUCCGCCAGUUGCAGCUGCAGCAACAGAUUCUAGCGCAACAGCGCAAGGGCGCGGCUAAGAUGACGCAGAUAACGCAGGUCGCUGGCAAGGCCGGUCAGCCGACGCAGCUGUUUGUGCAGGGACCGAAAAAUCUGGGUGGCGGGACCACCACCAUGACCAUGCAGCAAAUACAGCAGGUGAUUCGUCACGCGAACCCCGGGUCGUUGGCCAGCGGGGGUCAGAUUGUGCUCGGCAAAACGGGUGUCGGGCGGAUGAUCCCGGUUUCGGUGUCCCAGCAGCCGAAUCAAGGUCAAACAAUUCAGGUUGGUAACAUUCGCGCACAAAUGCCAAGACAAAACAUUGGCACGAUCAAGGUGGCUGGCGGUGCGACGACCGCCCAGCAGCAGCAAGUUAUUCUGAACGCCAUCCAGAGCCAGCAGCAAGCGGCGGCAGCAGCGGCCGCGGCACGUUCCAAUGCCAGCCCGGUACGACUGCAGACCACCUCCAGCGGCUCGUUGGUGGCCGUAACGGUCCAGCAGUCGCCUCAACAACUCCAGCAGCAGCAGCAGCAGCAACAGAUAGGGGUUAGUGUCAGUGGGCCAUCUACCGUUACCGUUGCGACCACCGGACCGACGCCGCUCGGAGGAGGAGUGGAGGCGGUCUCACAAAGCAGCCAGACAACUUCCGGGGCCAACAGUGUCACCGGAAGCACCACCGUACAGUCCAUUAUCGGUGUACCGCAGGUGGUAACGCUGCAGCAGCAGCAGCAGCCUUCCGGUGGCCAACAGCAGCAGCAACCAACAGCACAGCUAAUUACGACAACCGCAACGAUCGUGCAAUCCACCGCGGGUGGUGGAACCACUAGCACAUCGGAGGGUCUGGCUUCCUCUACAACCACGGCCGGGUCAGCCGCUGCUUCGGCUGCUGCUUCCGGCGUCGCUGGCGGUGCUGCCACACUAGGAGGCAGUGUAGUGACUGUUGCUAGCUCGGGUGGUACGGUGGCGCCGCAAAUUGCCACCACCGCUCAGCAGCAACAGCAGCAGCAGGUAAGCAUGAUCAAGAAGAAACAAUCACCGAAUGUUGCAAAGUAAGAUAAGCUUUAGACACGUAAGAAAUGCCAAAAGGGGGAAUAGGUAACACUAAGGAUAAUCGAGGCCCGAGCAGCAAAAAUGGCAGCAGCACUAGCAGCGGCCAUCUUCUCCUACGGCUUUUGUAUAAAAAAAAAAGGGGACGGGAAACCCUAAUCGGGCGUGAGUUAGUGUGUGUGUGCGUGCUUGUACGUAGAUAACGUUUGAUUUUUAAUCGAAAGCUUAAAUGAAAUGUUAAUAUAUAAGAAAAGAUUC